ACCUCGCUUUAAAUACCAGCUCACCUGACUGGUACGCUACAUUACGGAUUGUCAUUUAUUUAACUUGUCUUUACCCUCAAAGGACUGCCAUUUGGAUUUACCGAGAUUGUUGACUUUUCAAAAGUAAGGAUAUUACUAAAACAUCAGAGCAAUGGAGUGGAGGAUUAUAUUUGCUGUUCUGUGCCUAUUUGCAGCUUCAUAUGUAACGGCUCAAAAUCCAGCACCUUCUAAUGGAACGGCCCAAAAUGCAACGGCCCAAAAUGCAACAUCUCCAAAUGCAACGGCUCCAAAUGCAACGGCUCCAAAUGCAACGGCUCCAAAUGCAACGGCCCCAAAUGCAACGGCCCCAAAUGCAACGGCCCCAAAUGCAACGGCUCCAAAUGCAACGGCUCCAAAUGCAACGGCUCCAAAUGCAACUGCUCCAAAUGCAACGGCCCCAAAUGCAACGGCUCCAAAUGCAACAGCCCCAAAUGCAACGGCUCCAAAUGCAACGGCUCCAUCUGCCAAUAGCACUACUCCAGUAGAGAUGAACUUAAGUUUCAGCAUUUCUGACACUUUCAAGAACGUUUACUCCGACUUGAGUAAUCCAGAAACCGUAAAUUUCAUAAACAGCAUUACCAGUCAGAUUGAGCCAUUUUACAGGAAGCAAUUUCCAAAGUUUCUCAAGAUGCGUGUUAAGAACCUCAGGAGUGGCUCUAUUGUGGUAGAUUCUGCCCUUCAAUUUGAUAGCAAUAGCACUGCUCCUAAUGUGUCAGACGUGAAGCAAGUCCUUACUGAUGCAGCUGCAAGUGGAAACCUGACCAUCAAAAUCAGCAAUGACACCAUCAACGUUACGGCACCUGCCACACCUGCAGCCCCGAAUGCAACAACCCCGAAUGUAACCACAAAUACGACCUCAAAUGGGACAUCUCCAAAUGUAACUGCCAAUAGCACUACUCCAUUAGAGUUUAACAUAAGUUUCAGCAUUGUUGAGACUUUCAAGGCCGUCUACUCCGACAUGAGUGCUCCAGAAACCCUAACUCUCAUAAAGAACAUCACCACUCAGAUUGAGCCAGUUUACAAGGCGCGUUUUUCAAAGUUUAUCCGGAUGGUUAUUAAGAAAUUCAGCAAUGGCUCUAUUGUGACAGAUGCAAGCCUUCAAUUUGACAACAAUGGCACUGCUCCUAAUGUGUCAGAAGUGAAGCAAGUCCUUAUCGAUGCAAUUGCCAAUGGAAACCUGACCAUCAAAAUCAGCAAUGACACCAUCAACGUUACGGCACCUGCAACUGUAACACCCGUGACACCUACUAACGCCACAAAUACUACCUCAAAUACUGCAGUGUUUAAUUUAGUAUUCAGCAUUGUGGACACCUUCAAUGAUACCUUGUCAAAUAUGUCCUCAUCUGAUGCUACAACUCUAAAAACAAAAAUCAUCAGUCAGUUUGGUAGUGUUUUCAGGAAACGUUUUACAAACUAUCUGCAAAUGCUAAUUCAGAAAUUCAGCAAAGGCUCCAUUGUGACGAACAGUUCACUUGAGUUUAACAGCACUGGCCUUGCAGUUACAGCACAGAAUGUGGUCGACACAAUUAUCUCAGGAAUUCAAAAUGGAAAUUUCACCUUCAAUAUCGAUCGGAAAUCCAUCAAAGUUACAGACUCAUCAGGAAACAUGGCGUCCUCCAGUUCUCGAGUGAUCACUAGUAUGCUCACAGUUCUGUUGAUGAGUCUAGCAUCACUUCUGCUGUCAGGAGUGAUCAACCUAUAAGCACCACAUUCAUGAAGAAUCAAAGAAAAACUAUUCCUGCAUUGAUUACAUCAAAACAUAUUAUGAAUGAUCAUGUCAUCUUUGAUCUUUUACACUCAUUGCAUACUAUUUAGUUAGCAUUCAGAACCAACAACUUAUUGUACUUUGCGCACCACGUCAUAAGCUGUAACAGUUAUCUGAAACAGUAGUCUUAUAUUUAGAGCCAGGUGAUGUAUUGUAUGUCUGAUUAAUGACAUUUUAUUUAUAGCUCUGUUAUGUCUAUGUGUAUACUGAGUUGGAGAAAUAAUGAGGAUAGGUUUUUACAUUUACACCGACUCUGAACAUUCCUCCAUGCCACAGUAAUUGCACAAAUAAAUAUUAUAUAUAUAAAGAGAGAGAUGUAUUGUGUUAAAAUUUAGAAAUGGAAUUGUUUUGCUAUGAACAGAUUUAUUUAACCUUGAGUAACAGAAUCUUUAAAAUGUUGUGUACUUACUGUUUUAUGAGUUUUUUCUUUAAAUAAAGGGGAAAUCUUGUCCUUAUUUUCUGUAAAUGUUUUCAAAAUUUUUGUAAUUCUAGAGAAGAAAUUUUAUGUAAUAUUAAUGGUAACAUUGUAAAUUCAUUAGCUAACAAGAACCAACAAUGAUAGUUUUUCAUUUUAUUCAUGAUUUUUAUUUAUUAAUAUAUGUUAAUGCCAAUUCAGUUAUUCAACAGUAUAUUGUUCAUUGUUAGUACAUGUUAGCUAAUACUUAAUGUUAACAAAUACAACCUUAUUGUAAACUGUUACCAUAAUAAUAAUUUUUAAAUUACGUGUCUCUACACAAAAAUAUAAUGUCGCCAUGAAAAUAAAAUGAAAAACUACCAUUUGUUUUGGAAUAUUGUGGUAUUUUUUUACAAAUGACUUUGAGCUUCAUUAUUUUUUUAAACUCAUGUGCCUUCAUAAUCUUUAAUAAAAAAUGUAAAUAUCCUCCUCAAAA